AUGAGAAAUAUGUCUGAUGAUUUAUCAAUAACAUAUUCAAAAGAUAAUGAAACUUUUUUAGAAGAAGAGAUAAAAAUGUUUGAAAGAAUGAAGUUACAUGCAACAAUUAUAAGUACAUUUAGUAUUAUUACAACAUUAUUAGGAAAUGCUUUUUUAAUUUUUUUUUUAUUUUAUAAUAAAUAUAAAAAAAAAGGAAGAAAAUUUCGUUCACAUCAUACUUUAAUUAUUCAUAUGUGUGUAUCAAAUCUUUGUUAUGCUAUAUUUAGUAUAUUACCAACAUUAUUAUUUACUAUUCAUUUAUAUGAUUUUGAUUUACCAUUAUAUGUUUGUAAAUUAUAUAAAUAUUUAUCAAUUAUACCAAUGUAUGCUUCACCAUUUUUACUUGUUGCUACAUCUGUAGAUCGUUAUUAUGCUAUAUGUAAACCAAUGGAACGUCUUAAAUAUAAAUUUUAUACAACAGCAAAAUUUUUUGCUUUAUCUGCAUGGAUUUUUGCAUUUAUUUGUUCAAUACCAAAUUUAAUAAUAUGGGAACGAACAGUUAUGGGGAGUUGUGAAGUGCCUCUUAAUAAUGCAUGGAUCUCAAAAUUAAAUAUCUUAUUUUUUUCAACGGUAGCAUGGAUAUUACCUUGUAUACUUGUUGCUGUUCUUUUUUAUUUUGUUUAUCGUGUUGCAUAUCGUACAAAAACAACUGGAUCAAGUGAUUAUCAAAGAUUAUCUACUAUACAGAAAAAAAAAUAUAAAUGGAUAUAUUUAAAUUUUUUCUAUAAUAUUUUUAAAAAAUCAUCAAUAUUAAGUUGUUUCAAAACACAAAAAAAAGAAAGUUAUAUUAUAUCAUAUGUUUUUAAAGGUUCUAAAAAAAUUAAAAAUGAUGAUAUUGCUAAAAAAAAGAAAGAAACAUUAAAACUUACAAUAACAAUUGUUAUUGUAUCAUUUUUAAUGUAUUCACCAUUUGCUAUUGUCAAUUUGAUGGAUUUUUUUAAUUUUAAAUUUGGUGAUGGUAGAUUAUUAACAUAUAUAUUAUUCUUGGGAAAUUUAAAUACUUGUUCAAGUCCAAUUAUUUAUCUAUAUACACAUGCUAAAAAAGUUAAAAAUGUGCAAAAUUCAAAUACCUCAAGAUUAGUAUUUGAUUUUUAA